CCGUGGGCAGGAGGCGGCCCCCACCUGCCGGCCGGCGGGAGGCGAGGCCGGGCCGUGCCGGGCCGUGCCGGGCCGGGAGGGGACGCCCCCGGUGCAGGCCAUGGCCGGGUGCUGCCUGUCGGCCGAGGAGAAGGAGUCGCAGCGCAUCAGCGCCGAGAUCGAGCGGCAGCUGCGCCGGGACAAGCGGGACGCCCGCCGGGAGCUGAAGCUGCUGCUGCUGGGCACAGGAGAAAGUGGAAAAAGUACUUUCAUUAAACAAAUGAGGAUUAUUCAUGGAUCAGGUUACACAGAAGAAGACAGGAAAGGCUUCACAAAACUGGUUUACCAAAAUAUAUUUACUGCCAUGCAAACUAUGAUCAGAGCCAUGGACACGCUCAAAAUACAAUACACAUCCGAAGAGAAUGAGGAGAGUGCUCAGAUGAUCAGAGAAGUGGAAGUGGAUAAAGUGACAGUGCUGGAAAUAAAGCAAGUUGAAGCAAUCAAGAAUCUCUGGAAAGACCCAGGAAUUCAAGAAUGUUACGACCGACGGAGGGAGUACCAGCUCUCAGACUCUGCUAAAUAUUAUUUUACUGACAUUGAUCGUAUCGCUAUGCCCUCCUUUGUGCCAACUCAGCAAGAUAUUCUUAGAGUCAGAGUGCCAACUACAGGAAUUAUCGAGUAUCCUUUUGAUUUAGAAAAUAUUACAUUUAGGAUGGUGGAUGUAGGUGGCCAAAGGUCAGAAAGAAGGAAGUGGAUUCAUUGUUUUGAAAGUGUUACUUCCAUCAUUUUCUUAGUUGCAUUAAGUGAAUACGAUCAAGUCUUGGCAGAAUGUGACAAUGAGAAUCGAAUGGAAGAAAGCAAGGCCUUAUUUAAAACUAUCAUUACAUACCCCUGGUUUCUGAAUUCUUCAGUCAUUUUGUUUUUAAAUAAAAAAGAUCUUCUAGAAGAGAAAAUCAUGUAUUCCGAUCUAAUUAGUUACUUUCCAGAGUACACGGGACCUAAACAAGAUGUCAAAGCUGCCAGAGACUUCAUUUUGAAGCUGUAUCAGGAUCAGAACCCCGACAAGGAGAAAGUAAUUUACUCCCACUUCACUUGUGCCACAGACACAGAAAAUAUUCGUUUUGUCUUUGCUGCUGUCAAGGACACGAUCCUGCAACUAAACCUGAGGGAGUUCAAUCUGGUUUAAAUUAAAAAUGUGCUUGUAUCCACUGAGUGUGAUUUACUCAUAGCACUGCCUGUAUUGAUUUAAAAAAAUGGUGUCUUUUAAAUACCAUUUACAGAAAUGGGAAGAGGGUUUUUUAUUUACUGAAGUAUGGAUUAGGAGAAUUUUAAAGACUAAGUUUCAACAUUUACUUCAUGAACUAUACAUUUAAAAAUCUCUUUUCAUAUUUUCCAUACUAGUUGUGCCUGUGAGUUAAUUUGUAAGAGCCGUGGGAAUUAAGAAUAUUUAAAAGAAAGUUUGUAACUACAUUGCUGCCCAGGUGGUAUUUCAUAACAUUUUUUUUAAGCUUAUCGUUUUCAAUCAUAGCUUAUAAAAUUUCAAACAGUGAUGCCUUAAAAAUGACAAGUUAGUGUUAUUUUAAAGUGCUAGAUAUUUUUUUAAUUCUUGUUCUGAGCAACGUAGUCAAAA